AUGCUGUCUCUUCGCAGAACAACAAUAUGCCUCGGCCUCCUGCCCCUCCUAGCCCCAGCCACUCCCUCGCCACCAGGGCAGGGACCCAAACUCCUCACCAAACGCUCCGUCACCUGCCUAACAGUCGGGUCCACCGCAACCGCAACCUGGACCAACAGCGCCGGCCAGACAUGCACCUUCUCCGGCGUCGUCGGCAGCAACUACGGCUCCAAUAGCGCCGGGUCAGGCGACUACUCCUGCAACGGCCGCUGCGGCGCCGGAUGCACGGGCGCCGCGCUGGGCAACGCCUACACGCAGGACUGCUUCGCGCACGAUAUCUGCUCGUUCUUUGAGAAUGCGAGUGGGGGGUCGAGUGACCCCAACUGCGGCGCCGCAUACGAUGCCGCCGUCGACGACACCCUGCUCGGCGUGGCGUAUGGGUGCUCGCAGAGGAACCCGUUGAAUGCGGUUGCGAAGCCAGUUGGGAGUCCGAGUUGUCGGUGA